UUGCACUCUCAUCUCUCUUUUAGCGGGGCAGCCACUUUUUCCCUCUUUCCCAUCCACCUCCUCCCCCUCUGAAAUCAGACAGUCGCAAAGAGAUGCCGGGUUAUUUUAGAGUUGGCACAAGCGGCAUAGAGCGUCUGCAAAACAUUGGAGCGACGACGCGGUUCUCGCUGCGCUCGUUAUUGGAUUUAUACUGAACGUCCAAAGGCAUCGAUAAAACUACAACGCUGCGGUAAAAUGGUUUGAAAUCGGGGGAUUUACUGUAUCAAGCUGAUCAAACAGACGAUGAAGUUUGUGCUGUCCGUGUUGUGGUUGCUCCUGACCCUAAACGAGGUUGUUGUGCAAGCUCAGGAUGACUUUGUGUCGCUGGCCGAGUUGGAGGAUUCGUUAUUGAGGAACCUUUUCCGAGGUUACCAGAAGUGGGUUCGGCCUGUGAAACAUGCCAAUGACACCAUUACUGUGCGAUUUGGGUUGAAGAUCUCCCAACUGGUGGACGUGGAUGAGAAAAACCAACUGAUGACUACAAAUGUCUGGCUUUGGCAGGAAUGGGUUGAUGUCAAGCUAAAGUGGAAUCCGGAUGAAUAUGGCGGUAUUACAUCCCUCCGAGUACCUUCUGAGACAAUAUGGCUGCCAGAUAUUGUUCUUUAUGAAAAUGCGGACGGUCGCUUUGAGGGUUCCCUGAUGACUAAAGCCAUUGUUCGGUGGGAUGGGUCGAUCACGUGGACUCCACCUGCCAGCUACAAGUCCUCUUGCACCAUGGAUGUCACUUUCUUUCCCUUUGACCGCCAAAACUGCUCAAUGAAGUUUGGCUCAUGGACUUAUGAUGGAAACAUGGUUGAUUUGGUUCUAGUAGAUAAUUAUGUGGACCGCAAAGACUUUUUUGACAAUGGCGAGUGGGAAAUCCUCAGUGCAACGGGGACAAGGGGAAGCAGGAGGGAUGGGGUAUACUGGUACCCCUUUGUAACUUAUUCCUUCAUCCUCAAGAGGUUGCCCUUGUUCUACACCCUCUUCCUAAUCAUCCCAUGCCUCGGUUUGUCCUUUCUUACUGUGCUGGUCUUCUAUCUACCAUCAGAUGAAGGAGAGAAACUUUCCCUUUCCACAUCUGUGUUGGUGUCACUCACUGUCUUCCUCCUGGUCAUCGAGGAAAUUAUCCCUUCAUCCUCAAAGGUGAUCCCAUUAAUUGGAGAAUACUUGCUAUUUAUUAUGAUUUUUGUCACUUUCUCCAUUAUCGUAACUGUCUUCGUCAUUAAUGUCCAUCACCGCUCCUCUGCCACCUACCACCCCAUGGCCCCAUGGGUGAAGACCCUCUUCCUUGAGAGACUGCCCAAGCUGCUGUGCAUGCGUGGGCAUACCGACAGAUACCACUACUCCGAUGCAGAGAUAAAUAUCCCUGAGGUGAAGGCUCGUAUUGGAAGAAAGGGGACUCAUGGACAUCAGACGACUACUCUGGGAGGGAAAGAAGAGGAAAAUCAAGCCUGGGUUGCCAUGCUGGAGAAGGCCACCCAUUCUGUUCGCUACAUCAGUCGUCACAUCCGAAAGGAGCAUUUCAUCCGUGAGGUUGUACAAGACUGGAAGUUUGUGGCUCAGGUGCUGGAUAGAAUCUUCCUGUGGGCCUUCCUCACUGUAUCAAUAUUAGGAACAGUCCUCAUCUUCACACCAGCCCUGCAGAUGUACCUCAGCUCACCUUAAUUUCAAUAACAUAUACAGUAUGUACUUGCAGAUAUCAUUUGGUGCAUCUUUCAAUCAAAAAGCAUUCAUACACGUUUUAGAAGUAAGUUGAAACCACGACCUUGUAACUCCAAUUACUAUAUAUGGUAAAUACGUGCACAUAAGCGCUUCAUAAAUGUAAUGUAUUAAAUAUCAUAAAUCAAGAUGAUUUUUUUGUUCCCAAUAUCCUACAGCAUGCUUUAAAGGAGGAUUUCACGCAAUAGUCUGUACUUGCAGCAUAUUUGAAUAAGAAUGUCUAAUGUAAUAAAUGAAUAUGUGAAUUUUAUUAAUCGCUUCAAAAUGCUUGAUGGCUGUAAUUGUGCAAAAUGACCACUAAGCGGCAGCAAAUACAACUUCUUAUGGGAUUCCUUUUUCCUCAUCAAGUGCCUGAUCAACAAUAUAUCU